CUCCUCCUCCUCUCACCACCACCACCACCACCAUCGUCGUCCUCACACAAACCACCACGCACAGCUGUCGAUAUUAUCGUCUGGCGGCGAUCGCGACUACGAGUCAUCUGGCGGCGGACCUCCGACUCACUCACAGGACACAAGGGAGGCCAGAGACGAUCAUCAUCGCGGCGGCAGAGACAGGGAUCGGGCGGGCCCGUCCGGACGAGGCCAGCAAUCGCCCCCGCAUCAUCGGUCUCAACGGCAUCCCCGAGAGCAGAACCAGGUUCGACAAUCGGGAGCCUAUCCACCGCCGCCGCUACUGCCGUCGUCACACAGCCUACUCAAUCCCUAUCAAGGCCUACCCCCACUGCCGCCCGAUCACGCCGCGACAACCGUCGUCCCUUCCGGAUACUAUCAUCUCAAUGUUGCAUCACCAGAUCGUUUGCAGGCAAACUGCUGUAAGAAACCCCACGAGGCAAGGUUUGAACACGGCGAAAAACAAGGGAAAGUCUGCAUAACGAAAGGUGGCUAUGGCGUGGGCGCUGGCAGGGGCGGCUACCAAGACUACAGCGGGUUUAUGAACCACCUGAGCAAGCCGGUGUAUUACGGCGGGCUGCCCCCAGGAGGACCGUCGUUCGGGCCUCGCAGCGUUGGACGAGGUUACGAGGGUGGAGGUUACGGAGGGGAGAUUAUUGGUGGCUACGGGGGCCACGGCUACGCGGGUGGGGGCGGUGGCGUUGGCGUUGGUGUUGGGUCGUAUGGUGGCUCUUCGUAUGGGACGGCCGGACACAUCUAUGGAGGUGGAAUCAGCAGUGGAGGAAUGGUUGGCUCGUAUCAUCCAGGUCGGUUGUUUCCUCAACGCCCAGACGUUCGUCAGGUAGUCGUCUCGGUGCCAUCGGACUGUGUCGAAAUCCAGAACGGACAGGCAGUAGCGCGCUACGAGCUCAUCUCCAUACGCGAACGGCACGGCCGAUUCCGGAAGGCUGUGCCGUUACUUCACCCCUCGCUCGCCAUCAUUCUCGGCAUUUUCAACACACUCUUGCCCGGCACAGGAACGUUCGUGGCAGCCUUCUGCGUCCUAUGCGGUUGUCGUACAGAAUACUCAAGUAGGGGACGCGCAUUCGCGCUUAACUUGCUCGCAGCCCUUAUCCAAACUUUGACUGCGCCCUUCGUCGUGGGAUGGGUGUGGAGCAUCAUGUGGAGCGUCACGUGCGUCAACAUUUCGCUAAACAAGGAUCUACAAGCGAUGAUGCAGCAGCAGAGUGCAACGGAACCCGCAGUGCCCCUAUGACAACCCCCCGCCAGCCUGCCUCCGCGCUGCAAUGGUUAAUUUCUAACAGAACUUAAACAACGCUAUCAAUGCAAUGUUAAACAAGCAAACACUAAGCACCUAGAGUGAAUUCACCAAAGCACAAACCGGAUAAGUUCUGAAGCCCAAAUACAAUCACUUUAAUAAUACAUACUAAGCGCGAUAUUUGUGAGCAAUGCUACAAAUACUCACUAUUCGAGAGCGAACCAAUCAACCAACAACGCUUUCCACAAAUGCUUCCAGUUGUACCGAAAGAAAGGUUGGAUAUAUUGACGAGAGCCUGAACCAAGAGCAUUUUAUUUAAUAAUGACUUCUUAUAGAACGACAACACCUAGCCCGACAUCAUUUUGCAGGGCGUUUCCGGAAAUGAUCACAGCCAUGAGAACUAAUGUGAGUCUAUUCACUUGCUCAAUACGGUGACUCUGUAUUUUCUAUAGCUUGCGUGCGUCUGCCUUCAAGUCAAUUCUCAAUGCCUAGUACCCAUCUGGUAUCACUUAGGUACAUAAAACAAAUAUAGUAGUCAGUGCUGCUGACCAUCCUAUCGAAUAUUACAAUCUAUGGCGGUCGUCUCUUCAGCUGAAAUAAGCACAAAAAAAUAAAAGUGUCCUGGCUAAACUCGAUUCCACGACCAUUCGAAUUACAAAAAAACGUUGUAUACUACAAGUAUACUGGAGGCCAUUUUUUAAAAUUAAUCAGCAUAUGCUAAUGUCUACUGAGAAUAGGAUGCCGUAUUACGUUGAACAAGCUUUACCUGCUCCGUCAUUUGUUUUGCCACACCACCGCUCAACUCCCUGUUCCCAGGCGUCUUUUGUCAUACAACCAGCCACGGCGUUACCGUCUUCCAUUAGCUAUGUUUAAGCAGCGCUGGCCACCGAAGCUCGCGAGUACUUACACAGACGGUUCUCUUACAGUAGAAAGGGGCAGCAACGCACAUGUAGGUUGCCUCACUUUAUUGGCUGGUUGACGACACAAAAAGCUCCCACACUUCCGGGGAUCAUUUUCCCGGCCUAACAGGAUAGCCAUUUACUGACAUUUCUUCAGCGACCGCGAUGACAAUGGAGCCGUAUCAGCGGCAGCUGCAAAUAGGAACGGCUUCAAUGUCGGUGGAACCGCUAGCGAAGCCCAACCGCGCCGACGUGCGUCGGCCGCCGUCGCGGCGGAAUUUUCAGGGAUGCGUACAACGAUAAGCGCAGGACCCAGGCUUUGCUAAGCCAGUGCUAGGCUAACGGUUACGGGUAUGGUAUGCGAUACUAACGGGGUGGAACAGAGAGUAUGCCUUCCUUUUCUCGACCCUAAAUCAAACACAAAACACCACACAUGGCAAACGGACAAACGUCUCCCAGCUCUGGGCAGGUUGGUCCGCCGCUUUCACGUGAAGCCCUUUGAACUCCUCGGUGGUCAGAGUCUGGGCUUUACCAUCAGACAAGAAGCCCAAUACCGUCGAUUUUAUGUAGCUUUUCCCUUAGAAUAGAGCAUAUCUUUGGCAUACUGCAGAUCUAAUUGGCAUAUCAUAAUGCUAAGUACAAAAAAUGCCAAGUUCCAGUAGACCCGUGUCAGAAUCUCUCAACAAAUGUUACAGAUGUGCUCUUCAAAAAGGCAGGCUUGCAGCUGUAUUACCUUUCCUCAAACCAAACAGACAUAACUUAACCUUAUUCCACAUCUCUCCAUAGACACACAUGGAAUUUGCGAUGAACGACGGAGUCAAUAGGACGCACUAGAAAUGGUAGAACUGUCACUAUUUCAUGAGUGUUUUCAAAGGUCUGGUAGUGGAGCUGGUGGUGCAGUGUGAGAAAUACAAUUUUUCUGGAAAAAGCCGAUUAUACUUUUUUGCUUUACGGUGUGAUACAUGUGAUAUACUUGUGUCGAUAUGUUGAUGGCCCUUUCCUUCAACACCUACUCACUGUUCUGACGAUGGUGAACCGCGUCCGUAAAUCUGCGUCCAGUAGAUCAAAAGGUGUAUAGCAAUUACAAAGAAAAAAUAUAAGAAAAAGUGAAAAAAAAAGGGUAAAAUAAAAGUAUUAUGGAAAUUAUUUGAAAAUAUACGGCCAACUGGCUCAAUACGAUCAAGGAAUUGGGGGGUUCAGAGAACAGGAAUAAAUGUCAAAGAGAUGCAGAAACGUAACACGGAUGUUUCCGAAAAAAAAAAAAAUAUCAAUAAAAGCUUAGAAAAAUGAAGAGCACGCAGCUUUGCUUUGUUUAGAGAGGGCCGUCGUCUGUGAUACAUAUUGUUCGACAAAUCGUUAACCAGUAGCUAAACAACGACGCAAUGGGCAAACGGAGUCAUUUGAUUGCUUCAGUAGCUGAAUAAAGAAGAAAAAGAUAAGAACGAAGGAGGAAAGGAAAAAAUUCAAUGAUGAUGGCAGAUGAAGUUUAACUGAGAUCGGCGUGCAGGGAUGCAGUACGCGAGGUGUUUAGUAUAACCAAAAAGAAGUAGAGGAGUGGUGGUAAUAUAUAGUUGCGGUAGCAGCAACAUAUGUCUCUUAUGAAACGUUUGCAUGUAGCGUGCGGGAGGGCACAGGGCCGAGUUAACCCUCUCGGAGGCCCAGGAAAUCUAGGACCACAAUAAUGACGAUAUCAAUACAUAAUAUAUAUACAUAUAUUGAGAUCAAACGUUCAAAGGUUCAAACUAUAGGUACUGGUCAUAAUGAUGAUAACUAUACAUACAACAAUAUUCUAUAUCAACAAAACCUAUGACGACUUACAGAACACAAACGCUAGUUACUAGUUAACGAAACAGAAGGAAGCAAAUCAAGAAUGAUGUAAGAAUAUAGAAAAAUGAAAAGCGGAACAUAUACGCGGACAGAAGUAAAAGUCUAACCAGGAAGCUAGGGUACGUGAACUAGCAAAAAAGGAAGGCGCAAAUGACCUAAUUCCACCCAGUGGGUAGUAAUAAUGGUUUGUCUCGGAACCGCGAUUCGCCGCGCCUGCAUAGGAUUAGGUGUAGGGCUGAGUUGGAGCAAGCGGAAGAAAGAAGGACGAAGAUAAUUAAGCAAGUUAAGGUUUCGUUCACGUUUUGCCUUAGAAGCGUUUGCCUGAAUCGCGAAUGAUAUACAAAACACAACGAGGUCGAGAGAAGGGCAAUGAGACGGGGCCGACGAAAUGUAGAAGUGGAUGAAGAGCAACGAAGACAGAAAAGAAACUACAAAAUGACUGAUGAGCUGAAUAGUGUGCAAUGCUAUUUUUUGUGACCUUUAAUGGCGUUGAUGAUGGCGGUGAUCAUGAAUGGACUGAGUAGAAACCUACGAUAGGAGUAACGAAUAGAAUAGCUAGAAAACAAUAAAAAAUAAACUAAUUCAUGAGUGGCGAGAUACACGACAAAAGACAACCGUAGAUGCCUAGAAAAAAAGUAAUGGUUACUGCUAUUAUUAUUGUGAUAAUAUGAAUAAGCGUAUGAGAUGGAAACUUACGAGGACGAGGUAUUAAGAAUUAUAAAGACGAGUAUGAGUGCCAGUAAAGAAGAAGAGAAGCUGACGAGAAGAACGAGUAUGUUAGCCAGAAUACAGCUGAGAUAGCUGCUUUUUCAUUACCGAGUCCCGCGACGACGGGGGGCCGAAGCAGUAAACGGACAUGAGUACAGAUCGCGGACAACGACGUUACUGCUUACGAAAGACCAACAGUGUUGAUAGCAUUCGGACGAAGAGAAAUAGAAGCACCCUUGCAUGGUGACGAGAAUCAUACGGUUACUGUUAUCGCUGUUGUUCAAUACCCCUGUUUUUGAUAGGUCUCACAGUGAGAGCUACGACCCUCUUUUAUCCAAUACGUGGUCAUUCCAAUAGUUACGUGUAACUAGAUUGAUAGAUGAUUGAAAAAAAAAUGCUAUACUUCGGUAACUAACUAGCAGUUAAGUCCGUUCUAAAGCUCUUGACUAUGAUUAUGUGUUUAAUAACUAGCCCACGAUUAAAGAAAACAGCAGGACAACCCUAACGAACCACGUUGACGACAUCAUCUGCUGUAAGGUAGAUAAUACAAUGAGUCCAGAAACGUCGAACACGAGGUACACGAAAACAAAGUUUGUCUGCAAUUGACGUAGGGGAUGUUGUACGCCUUAUCGUAGCACAUUAACACAAUUAUAAUACGAACAGUAAAUGCCCCAAAAGAGCUAUUUCUUUUCCUUCUAUUGGGCCAGUUCUGAAGCUACAUGACAGCCAAGAAUGAUGAGUAAUAAACGCGCAUUGUGAUAAAGUUCACCAUUUAUUAUACACAUCCGAAACCGCAUUCCUUGCUUGUUGGCCUCUUG